GUGGGUGGGUGUGGGUGUGGGGUGUGGGUGUGUGGGUGUGGGUGUGGGUGUGUGGUGGGUGUGGGUGUGGGUGUGGGUCUGGGGUGUGGGUGUAGGUGUGGGUGUGGGUGUGGGUGUGGGUGUGGGUGGGUGUGGGUGUGUGGGUGUGUGGGUGUGGGUGGGUGUGGGUGUGGGUGGAUGUGGGUGUGGGGUGUGGGUGUGGGUGUGGGUGCGAGUGUGGGUGGGUGUGGGUAUGAGUGUGGGUGUAGAUGUCUUAUCUUCAUACACACACACCCACGCCCACACCCACACCCAUCGACACCCACACCCACACCCAUCGACACCCACACCCACCCACACCCACACCCACACGCACCCACACCCACACCCACACCCCACCCACACCCAACCCACACUCACACCCCACCCACACCCACACCCACACCACCCACACUCCCUUCUACAUCAAUGGAAAUAAAUAGCAGUCUGGUGAUGAUGUUUGUAUGGGAUUGAAACGUUACUUGUUGGUAUUUCAAAACGAAUGUGUUACACAGAACACUGUUUGAAAUCAUCGGAAUGUUUACUUGUAACGUCGUUUAUUCUCUACUUUAUUUGACGAAGGUUGAUACCUAUAUUUUAAACCUUUCGGUAUUUAUCGAACUCUGAAUGGGAAAAAAACCCAAGCAAAAGUAAAAUAUUACGCAGAGAAAUGAUAAAGACAUUUGUCAAUGAUGCAGAAGCACAUAACAGAUGGAAAAAGUAAACGCUAGAGGAUACAUUGUUGACAAAAAAACAGCAGUAUAACAGACACAACUAGUAAAGUAAAUAAGGACGAAAAAAAGCUUGAAGGGACAAAUUCAAUAGAAGAAACCUUAUUAGCAUAGUGUUGUUCACUGCUUCAGUUACAACUCAUGCAAAUAUUUUCUGAGUUGAAACGCAUCUGAGUCGCUGUUAGUAUGCGUGCGAAACACGAAGGACGAAUAUGGCUGUGAGCGUGAGUAUCGGCAUGGGUGUGUCUGUGGGUGUUGGGUGUGGGUGUGGGUGUGUGCCUGUGGAUAUGAGUUUUUCUUCUUCGAUCACCUACACCCACACCCAACUGCUGUAAUACGAUCAGAUUCUUCUAUUGUGCAAUCAAAAUCUGUUAGGCGAUUUCAAAUGAUACUGGUUUAUUAAAAAAAAAACUUGAUUUUUUUAAUCAGAAGUUUAAUUAUAGUUUUCUAUAUAUAUAUUAUACAUUUGAUAAGUCAAUAGGAAUGAAUUAUUGAAAUAGAUAUUCGUAUCCACAUAUCAUACGAGAUAUUCUAUUACAUGUAUACCGCAUAGGAAAACAUGUUAUCUUGAAAACCUAAUGUCAUCAACAUCGUUUUCUAUCAUGAACAGUCAGUUCAAUAUUUAGAUUGGUUUCCAAGUGUAUAUAUUUGGUUUCAUUGGAAAUCUAAUCAAUAUUUCUCUUGUAUGUUUUACUCGAUCCAAUUUAUCUCCAUUUCUUUUAUUUAUCUCAUCAUUUUUCAAUGCUAUUGUGCUAGUUGAAGGUCUUCUACAAAGAACGUUCUCAAUCAGUUUUAGUAUAGAUGCUUCACCGACUAGUAUAAUCUAGGUGUAAAAGUCGUUUUUUUAUUGUGUAUGCGGUAAUCAUAACAUCUCUAACAUAUCUUUGUUUUGCUUCUAUCGACAAAUAUUCUAUAUCAUGUCGAAGAGUGACAUGUGCGUAAUCGGAGUAAGCUAAGCACAGCAAACAUUUCUGCUCUCAUAGUUUUUCUUACUAUUGCCACAAGUACUAUGCCACUUUUACUGUGUCCUACUGCUAUACAAGUGACAAGUGGUACAGAUAACGUGAUCAACAUAUGUUCUUUUAUAACUCCUGUUCUUGUAAUUAAUAUAAGUUAUAUUCUUUGAGCUAUUCUUCUCAGUACAUGGUACAUUUCAACGAGUCAAAUAAUAACAUCCUCAAUAGUUAAACCACCUUAUCGUUUAUCCCAAGAAGCAUUGAUCUUUAGUAUAAUCACUAUUAUUUCAUACAUCAGUUAUGUAUCGAACUUCUAUGUUUAUAUUAUCUCAGCUUCAUCUUAUCGUCGAGAUUUUUUACGACUUGUUCUAUUUUGUUGUCAUAAGAACCAUUUGAAUAAUUCAAAAUGAACGUAGCUUUCAUGGUACAUCAGUUAUCAUGACCAGUCAAUUAAAUUGAAUGAAGAACUUGUUUUUCAUAUGCAAGCAACAUAUUGACCGUGAACACAAGUUUUUUCUUGUUUAAUAUAAACGUUCAAUUAGAUAGAAUGUUCACAAUUUAGUUUAUCUUGUUUAUUUUUUUCAUAAAAUAAUAAACAAUUUCGAUUCAUAUAAGUUUCUAUGCAAAAUGAUUGAUGCGCUAUUUUUUUUUUUGUUUAGUUGUGCUCAAUUAGCUUACAGUACUUAAAACAUAAAAUAGUAAAAAGAAUCCUUAAAUGAACAUUGAAAAUGAUUUUGCUCUCAUGUUUUAAUAUACUCGUCGAUGAAACAGCAGUGUUCAGACUUCCGAAAAAGGAAAUUUUGGAAGUUUUGGAAAUUUCAAGCACUUGUGUUCUAAAUUGUUUGGUACUUUCCAAAAUUAUAUAGUUUCCGAAAUUUCCAAAAUUCUGCAUGUAGCGAAAUUGCAGAAAAUUCUAAAAUUUCCAAUAUUUCCAAAAAAUUUUCAUUUGCUUUGCUAUGUAGUUAUCGAGUUGAUGAAAGCUUCGGAAAUUUCUGUAAUUUCCCUUUUCGGAAAUCUGAACAUACCUCAUUUGAUCUAAAUAGUCUUACUCAACGACCAAGUCCAUCUGUGAACUGUUAAAUCCAAAUAUUAAUCAAUGCAACAAAAUUGGUUUUUUUAAUUAAAAUUGUACUUAUUCCUGCCAUCUCCAGAUUUUCCUUCACUUUUGCUUGAAUGUUCAAUAUUUCUUGAUGAAUUUUAGUGUGGAUAGCUCAUUUAUUUACUAUUGUGUCGCGUCACUUGAUUUACUGUGAAGCAGCUAAAUUCACAUGACAAUUCCAACUUGUGCUGAUCUCUGUUCAAUAUAUAGAAAUACAUGAAGAUUGUUUAAAUAACUAAUAUAGUAUUGGCAGUAGCUCCUACUUUAAAAUCAAUGUAUAUGUAUUAGACACAGUUCAGUUUUAGGUGUAGUCAAACAUAUUUAGAUAAACUUUUCAAUAGACAGUAUAUUAGUUAUAAUUUUAAUUCUCGUUGAUUAGGUUAUUCUUAGAUAAUAUUAUCGAUUUAUAACUAAUUAUUCAUGGUAUGUAUGUAGCUUGUUUUCUUGAAUCAUGUGUAUAGUUAAAUGAAAUUGUUUUUAUAAUGGAGACACAGGAAUAUCGAACGAUUGAAUGAACGUUUUCGAGAAAAUUUUGUUUUUCAAAUAUUUUUCCUAACGUGCAGAGGAUUGAUACGAAGCAAUGUUUAAUAGAAAUAAUGUAUUUUACCACAUAUAUAUCUUUUUGAUUAUGAUAUUAGAGUAUAAUGAAUGAUUGUCCGCAGUAGCGUCAUUAAAAACUAUAUAUUUUGUCUAAAUAAUAUAAAUGAUUGUACAUGAUAAACAAUCAUAUUUGGUAAAUUUUGGAUUGGACCAUUUGAUAAGAAAGUAAAAGAAAAAAAUCCAAAGAAAAUAUUAAGACUUUGUAUCUGUAGUAUUUAGUGUGACUUUAUUUUAUAAACUUUAAUCUAAAUUAAUUAACUUCCCUUGUUCAUAAAGCUUUAUCCGGAUUAUGCAUUUUUUUUUUCUAAGAGGAUGUUUUUCAAUUAUUUUGUGCAUACCAAAGUCAAUUGCACUUUCACAUCAACUAUAAUAUAUAUUAGCUGUCCUUAGCUUUAAUUUAGGUGGAGCUAAAUCUAAAAAACUACAAAGUUCGUCACUAUACUUCAUUGACAUCAAUAUACACUUGGGGACAAAAGUUUAAGUGAAAUUAGUUUUUCAGUAUUUUUUUUCAUAUUGUGAGGUACAGGUCUGAUUCGAAUGGUGAUAUAGAUAGUAUGAGAGACCAGCUACAUGAUGUCUUAUACAACGAGACUCUAUCUGUCUAUAUAGAUUUUUCAUGAUUAAAAUAAUUUUUUCUAUACAAAAACAAGUUUGAGUAGCUUUCAGUAUUUCGUAUUUCUUAACCAAGAGAUUUAAGCUGAAAUGAAACAGAAUGAUAUCAAUCGAGAGAGCAUUUCAUGCUCUAUCAGUUUAUAGAAAUAGAUUUUUUCCCGGAGUCGAUCUUCACCUUCGAAACUUGCUUUGAGUGAGAAUAGUCAGCAAAAACGGAAAAAGUGAAUUACUUCCCACAAACUCCUUCUUAUUACAAUGUUUCAUAGAUCGUUGGAAAGAGCAUUCAAAACUGAAGAAAAUAUUGUAUUUGAAGUUCGAGUAUUACUGAUUUUUCACGCCCAUCUUAUUGAAAUAAAGUUUUGAGAAACACAAUUAGCUUUUGUUUUUUAAUGAUUUUGACCGGAGAAAAAUGCUGAUUAUUCUCACUCUAACCGAGUUUCAAAGGUGAAGAUCGACUCCGGGAAAAAAUCUAUUUCUAUAAACUGGUAGAACGUCAAAUGCUCUAUCGAUUGAUAUCAUUCUGUUUCAUUUCAGCUUAAAUCUUUUGGUUAAGAAAUGUGAAAUACUGAAAGCUACUCAAACUUGUUUUCGUAUAGAAAAAAUUAUUUUAAUCAUGAAAAAUCUAUAUAGACAGAUAGAGUCUCGUUGUAUAAGACAUCAUGUAGCUGGUCUCUCAUACUAUCUAUAUCACCAUUCGAAUCAGACCUGUACCUCACAAUAUGAAAAAAAAUACUGAAAAACUAAUUUCACUUAAACUUUUGUUUCCGACUGUAGAUUCGUUUAACGAGCUUCAAGCAAAAAGCAAAGGACAGAACUUAUAAGUAUAUAUUUCUUGAAUAGUAUUUUUGUUAUCAAUGCUUAUUUGUCUGAGAAAUUCACAUAGUUCAUAGAUGAUAUGUACAAUAUAAAGGUAAUAUGUUCUUAAGUUGUGUUGAAUUAUAUUCUGAGAAAAAAGAAUGAAGGGUUUUAUAGAAUGAUCUCUGUCUUUUCUGAGAAUUUUAUAGUUCGAAAAUAUAUAAUAUUGAUUGGCUUAUUCAUAAAAAUACUUUUGAAAUUUAUGUUCCAAUAUCAAUAAAAAAAAGUCGAUAUUGAUGCUAAGAUUACAAUUUGAAUUAAUCGAAAUAAGUACUGUGUCUAAUUUAAAAAAUUAAUUCGUGCUGUUUUAUUGCUAUAAAUGAAAGUUAAAUUGAUAUUUAUCGUCAUCAUUGUGAUAAAAUCUUUGUAUAUGUACAGGGUAUUACAAAAGGAUUGUGUCCCCCUCCCCUCCCUCCUACAACUUAAGGUGUAAGUGAUAUCACAAAGUAUUUUAUACCAAAUUAAUGUUCAUCAAAAACUAGAUUUAUGAGUGUAAUUAGGGCAACUAUUGCCUAUGAAAUUAUUGAAAUGUCUUGAAUUACAUGCCAAAAUGCAUUCGUACUUUACAGUUUUCAUUCUUCAUGUACAUAUUUUCACAAAAAACUAAUAAUAGAUUCGUGGUUUCCAUAAAAAACUGAAUCUACAGACAUACCAUUUGUAUAUCUUUUUUUUUGAUAAAAAAAGAAAAGUUUUUUUGAAAAAAUCAUGGGAAGUAUCCCAUGAUAAUUUUUUAAUAGACCUGAUACUAUAAAAUUUAUGACAAUUUUGUUUUGCCUAAAUGGGCUCAUUUAUUGCAAUUUUUGUUUUUUUUUAUUACAUUUGUCAACAAAAGUAAUUUGAAAGUCGUGAUCUCUGUCCAAAACUGUGUACUGAUACAUAAAUCGAGAUAUUUCAGUUCAAAAAAAAAUUUUCACUGGGGUACCUCCCAUGAUUUUUUUCAAAACAACUUUUUUUCAUCAAAAAUAUACAAAUGGUAUGUUUACAGAUUCAGUUUUUGAUGAAGAUCAAGAAUCUGCUAUUAGCUUUUGUCACAAUAUGUAAAUGAAGAAUGAAAAUCGUAAAGUACGAAUGCAUUUUGGCAUAAUUGCUCUAAUUACAUUCAUAAAUCUAGAUUUUGAUAAACACUAAUUUGGUAUAAAAUACUUGAUGAUAUCAUUUAUACUUUAAGUUGUAGAGUGGGCGUAAUGCAUAUGUAACAUCCUGUAUAUUAGUUUUGUUGUUUUAACACUACUAGAUGUAACAUCAGCUAAUUUUGUUGAAUUAGAUUAUUUUUACAGAAUGACACUAGUGAAUUAUUCAAGGUAAGCUUGCCUUUCAAUUGUCAUACCAGAUAAUCUGUUCGAUAUCUAGAACAUAAAUAUAUUAAUAUGUAAAGUACCGAAACACAUUUAUUCUUGAAAACAUAAUGUCUUCAACACCGUUUUCAUUUAUAAGCAGCCAGUUCAGUAUCUAUGCUGGUCUUUCAAUAUGUACUUUUGGUAUUAUUGGAAAUGUAAUCAAUAUUUGUAUUUUAUUUCCAACUCGAUCCAAUUCAUCUUCAUUUCUUUUGCUUGUAUCAUCGGUUUUUAAUAUCAUUACACUAUCAGAAGGUCUUCUUCCAAAAAUAUUAUCCUUUAGUGUUAAUAUAGAUGCCACAUCGACCAGUAUUAUUUGGUGUAAAUGUCGUUAUUAUAUUUCCUAUUCUACCGCCACAGUCUCUUUUACAUGCCUAUGUUUUGCUUCUAUCGACAGAUUUUUUGUAUCAUGUCGAGGAGUAACAUGGCGAAAUAGAAGUAAACUGAGCACAGCAAAAAUCGCUAUUAUCAUAGCUGUUCUGGUAAUUGCCAUAGGUCAUCUACCACUUCUACUGUUCUAUACCAUAAUUGAAGUGCAAACUAACAUAGGUAACAUUACUCACACAUGCUCCAUUAUUAAUUCUGGUCUACUUAUCUAUGUAAGUUACAUAUAUCGACCUAUUAUUCUCAGUGCAUUACCUGGUACAAUAUUGGCUAUAUUCGGUUGCCUAACAUAUCGUAAUGUAACUAAAUUAAAUAGCAACCAACUACGUUCUUCAUUUCAACAAGGUUUAACUUCAAUGAUACUCUUACAAACCAUUGUAGUCAUGAUUCCAAUAAUACCAUUUGCAAUAAUAAAUAUCUAUCAAGUUGUAACAUCAUCAAUAGUUAAAUCCGACUAUCGUUUAUCACAAGAGCAAUUAGUCUAUACUAUAGCAAAUAUUAUUUUAUACGUAAGUUAUGCAUCAAACUUCUAUGUCUAUCUUAUCUCAGCUUCAUCUUAUCGCAAAGAUUUUCGACGACUUGUUCUAUUUUGUUAUCGUCGAAAGCAUGCAAAUAAUCGUAUUGGAAUUAUGUCAAGAGAGAACAAGUCGUAA